AUGAAUUCGUUAGUUUUAAUAAAAAGCAAAGUUGGACAACAACACAGUCAUUGGCCAAUUCCAGAAGCUUAUUGGCCUGAUUCUGUCAAGACUUCUUUGCCACCUCGAAAUGCUCACCCAAUAGUUGUUUUUCGUUGUGAACGUGUUGAGCCUUUAUUCAAUACUGACUUUCCUCUGGACAAGUACGAGUUGGAUAGUGCUUCUCCUUUAGCUCAAUUUAUUCUUGACGUAAAAGAGUCUAAUCUUUGUUGGCAGGUUUUUGUUGAAAAUUCCUAUCGUCAACCAGGACUUGGUUUUCCAUUUGGAUAUAUUAAAAUUUCUACCUCGGCAACAGUUACUCUUUAUGUUAUGCCUUAUAAUUAUCCUGAACUUCUUUCUCUUUUGGCAAUGGGGAAAGAUCCAAAAAUUGGUAGCAGUCAUCCACAAUUUCAACACAAAUUUGAGAAAUACCUAAAAACAGUUCCAGCGUACUACUACUCUCGCCUAAAAAACGCCCUAAGUCGUAUAAAAGUAAUGCCUCCUUGUUUGGAAGAAGCAAAUACUAAACUUUAUGGUUAUUGCAAUUUGGUUGCAUUACAAACACGUAUUAAACACCAAGGACAACAAGAAUUUGAAUCUGCCUGCACUGCUGUUCACAAAAAUUUACAAGAAACUUCUUUACUUCCACCAAAUUCUGCUUCUUUUGUAAGUUUAAAAAAUGUUCUUAUUUGCUGUUUUUUGGCCUUUUUUGUUAAGAAAUUAAAAUAG